AGGUGGCGUGCUGCUAUACAGCAGCACCAUUGCUGCCAUUAAAAUAGACGCCGCAGCGCAACAGCAACGCUGCCGUCGUCACAAUCAACGCCAGCGCCAGCACCAUCCACACCAUCGCCAUCGCAGACGACGACGGCGCAGCAGCAGCAGCAGCAACAGCAACAACAGUCACAGCGGAGGCGGCGGCAGCGGAAAGAGCAACGGCAACGGCAGCGGCUAUAGCAGCAAUCAAAGCGGUGGCAACAGCAACACCAGCAGCCUGUUGGCCGUAGUGGGUGUGGCAAGCAGCUGCCCCUUGCUCGCCACUCAGCAGCUCAUCGACGACAGUGGCGGCGGCGGCGACGACGAGGGCGGCGCACCGACAGCGCGGCUGCAACAUUGCGGCGACGAGCAGCAGCAACAACCAGGUCGACGGCGACGCCGGCACCACAACGGCCUGUCAUUUGUAGGCAAUGCAACGCUCUCAGCAGCAACGGGUUGGACCUGGCCUAAGAUGGGUAGCGUGCUAUUCGCAGCUGUAUUCAUAGCAUUACACUUCGCCACCGGCGGCCUGGCCAACCCAGAUGCAAAGCGUCUCUACGACGACCUGCUGAGCAACUACAAUCGCCUCAUCCGACCCGUGGGUAACAACUCGGAUCGCCUCACAGUGAAAAUGGGUCUGAAACUAUCCCAGCUGAUCGAUGUGAACUUGAAGAAUCAAAUUAUGACCACCAAUGUGUGGGUGGAGCAGGAAUGGAACGACUAUAAAUUGAAAUGGAAUCCCGAUGAUUAUGGCGGCGUGGACACACUGCAUGUGCCCUCCGAGCAUAUAUGGCUGCCGGAUAUUGUGCUCUAUAACAACGCCGAUGGCAACUAUGAAGUGACAAUAAUGACAAAAGCAAUUCUGCAUCACACUGGCAAAGUGGUAUGGAAACCGCCGGCCAUUUACAAAUCCUUUUGCGAAAUCGAUGUCGAAUACUUUCCCUUCGACGAGCAGACAUGUUUCAUGAAAUUCGGCUCCUGGACAUACGAUGGUUACAUGGUUGACUUGCGGCACUUGAAGCAAACCGCCGACUCGGAUAACAUCGAAGUGGGCAUAGAUCUGCAGGACUACUAUAUAUCUGUCGAAUGGGAUAUUAUGCGAGUGCCGGCGGUGCGCAACGAAAAGUUCUACAGCUGCUGCGAAGAGCCCUAUCUGGACAUCGUGUUCAAUCUGACGCUGAGGCGGAAGACCCUCUUCUACACAGUGAACCUGAUCAUUCCCUGCGUAGGCAUCUCGUUCCUGUCCGUGCUAGUCUUUUACCUGCCCAGUGACUCCGGCGAGAAGAUCUCACUGUGUAUCAGCAUUCUGCUGUCGCUCACUGUGUUCUUCCUGCUGCUGGCCGAAAUUAUUCCGCCGACCUCGCUGACAGUGCCGCUGCUGGGAAAAUAUCUCCUCUUCACCAUGAUGCUAGUCACGCUCUCCGUUGUGGUCACCAUUGCCGUGCUAAAUGUGAACUUUAGAUCACCUGUUACGCAUCGCAUGGCGCCGUGGGUGCAGCGUGUCUUCAUCCAAAUCCUGCCCAAGCUGCUCUGCAUCGAGCGGCCAAAGAAGGAGGAGCCCGAGGACGAUCAGCCGCCCGAGGUGCUCACCGACGUCUUUCAUCUGCCGCCGGAUGUGGAUAAGUUUGUCAACUACGACACGAAGCGUUUCAGCGGCGACUACGGCAUACCAGCACUACCCGCCUCCCAUCGCUUCGAUUUGGCCGCUGCGGGCGGAAUUAGCGCGCAUUGUUUUGGCGAGCCACCGCUGGCCUCCUCACUGCCACUGCCAGGCGCCGACGAUGAUCUCUUCAGUCCAGCGGGCCUCAACGGGGACCUCAGUCCCGGCUGCUGUCCGGCCGCUGCACAUGCCGCUGCGGCCGCUGCUGCCGCCGAUCUCAGUCCCACGUUCGAGAAGCCCUAUGCCCGGGAGAUGGAGAAGACCAUUGAGGGAUCGCGCUUCAUAGCCCAGCAUGUAAAGAACAAGGACAAGUUUGAGAGUGUGGAAGAGGAUUGGAAGUACGUUGCCAUGGUAUUGGAUCGUAUGUUUCUUUGGAUUUUCGCAAUCGCUUGCGUGGUCGGAACAGCGCUUAUUAUAUUGCAAGCGCCUAGUCUGUACGAUCAGUCGCAGCCGAUUGAUAUACUCUAUUCGAAAAUUGCCAAAAAGAAAUUCGAGCUGCUCAAGAUGGGCAGCGACAACACCUUAUAGCGACCGCUAGGGUUCGCAGCCGGCUGGUGGAAUCUUAUCAUCAGCUCGUUGCGAACCCUGUUCGCCGCUCGCGACGAUGAUCGUGGAUAAUAUAUAAUGAGCCAAACCAUGAGCAUUUCAUCGGCGUUGUACAACACUAACAGCAGCAGCAGCAGCAGUAGCAAUGACAGUGGCAGUGUCAAUGCCAGUGCUAACAGCGCCAACGGAACCCCAAACGAAACCUCAUGGAGCCCAUUGUAGGAACACCCGAACAGAGCGAAGCGAAGCGAACAUUGCGAAAUGAAUUGAAAACACACACAAUCGAGUAGAGGUAGAGUGCAAGCAGUUUUUGGAGCAGUUGAUCAAAAUAUGUAUGUAAUGUAAUGCAAAGAUGCUGUAGUGUUGAUUAACCGUGACCAGUGCUGGACAGCGACUAAAUACAGAUCAAGACGCGAGUGACCAGCGCAGCCAAAACGAAGUUUAGUUUGUAAGUUUCUGAAGUGGUACGAGUAGUACUUG